AUGAGAUCACAACCACCCUCUAAGUCUAACCCUUCUUCCAACACUUACAUAGUUUUCUCCAAACUAAUGGUCUCAAUCAUAACAACAACCUUAUUUCUAACCUUGUUCCUUGUUCAUGUCUCUUCUUCUUGUAACCAAUUUGACAAAGAUUCACUCUUGUCUUUCUCUUCGAAUAUCUCAACUUUAUCACCUCACCCACCUCUUAACUGGUCUUUUACCUCUGAUUGUUGUGAUUGGGAAGGUGUAACUUGUGAUCAAAAUAAUCAACAUGUUACUCAUUUUUUGUUACCCUCUAGAGGUCUCAAUGUUCUUGAUUUGAGUUACAAUCGUUUCUCCGGUGAACUGCCACUUUGGAAUGGAACCAGAAAUAGCAGUGUUGUUGUUCAGGUGUUUGAUUUGUCUAGUAAUUCAUUCAAUGGAACAUUGCCUGUUUCUCUGAUUCGGAAUCUUGCUGAAGGAGAUAAGAGUUCUUCUUUGAGAUUCUUGGAUUUUUCUUCCAAUGAUUUUGACGGUGCUAUUCAGACUGGUUUAGGUGCAUGUUCUAAGUUUGUGAGAUUUAGAGCAGGUUUCAAUCUACUAUCAGGGAAUAUCCCAAUUGAUGUUUAUGAUGUUGUUUCACUCAUUGAAAUAUCAUUGCCAUUGAAUAAAAUUGAUGGAACAAUUGGUGAUGGAAUUGUUAAUCUUGCAAAUCUCACAGUUUUGGAGCUUUACUCCAAUCAGUUGACAGGUUCUAUUCCUAAGGAUACUGGUAAGCUUUUGAAAUUGGAAAAAUUGCUUCUUCAUGUCAAAAAUUUGACUGGUACGAUUCCGCCGUCUUUGAUGAAUUGUAACAAUCUCGUUGUGUUGAAUUUGAGGGUUAAUAGAUUGGAAGGAAAUCUAUCGGCAUUCAAUUUCUCCGGAUUGGUCAGGCUUGCUACGCUUGAUCUUGGUAACAAUAGGUUUACUGGUGUGUUACCGCCGACUCUUUACGAUUGUAAGUCGCUUGCUGCAUCGAGGCUUGCGUCUAAUCAGAUUGAGGGACAUGUUUCGUUUGAGAUACUUGGACUCGAGUCUCUCUCGUUCUUGUCGAUGUCUGAUAACAAGCUGAAGAAUAUCACUGGUGCUCUUAGAAUACUCACUGGUCUCAAGAAGCUUAGUACCCUUAUGCUCUCCAAGAAUUUUUACUAUGAAGUGAUGCUGAACAUGAUAGAACCUGAUGGAUUCCGAAAUAUCCAAGUUUUAGGAUUAGGUGGCUGUAAUUUCACAGGUCAAAUACCGAGUUGGCUUAAAAACCUGAUGAAACUCGAGGCCUUGGAUCUUCCGUUUAAUCAAUUCAAUGGUUCGAUACCUCCUUGGUUAGUGUAG